GCUAGUCGGCUCGCCGCCAUGAGGAGGUCGCUGCCCCGGCUGCUGCUGCUCGUGCUGCUGGCCUUCCCCGCCGCCUUGCUGCUCGGAGGUGCCCGCAGCGGUUCAGGUUCUAGCUUGCUAGUAGCUGCUCAAGAUGCCACAGAAGAUGAGGAAACAAUGGAAGCAAUGGAAGAUACAGUAGUUGAAGAUGAAGAUGAUGAAGCGGAAGUUGAGGAGGAUGAACCCACAGAGCUGACAGAAGAGAAAGAGGAAGAAGACCUAUCGGGAGAGCCUAAAGCAUCACCCAAUGCUGAUACAACCAUCUUAUUUGUGAAAGGAGAAGAUUUUCCAGCAAACGACAUUGUAAAGUUUUUGGUAGGCUUUACCAACAAGGGUACAGAAGACUUCAUUGUGGAAUCACUGGAUGCUUCGUUCCGGUACCCUCAAGACUACCAGUUCUUCAUUCAGAAUUUCACUGCUCUUCCACUGAACACAGUUGUUCCACCACAGAGACAAGCCACAUUUGAAUAUUCAUUCAUUCCUGCAGAACCUAUGGGUGGUCGGCCCUUUGGGCUAGUCAUCAACCUGAAUUACAAGGACCAAAAUGGGAACUUUUUCCAAGAUGCUGUUUUCAAUCAAACUGUUACAAUUAUUGAAAAAGAAGAUGGAUUGGAUGGUGAAACGAUCUUCAUGUAUAUGUUCCUUGGUGGACUUGGCCUUCUUGUGAUUGUUGGUCUGCAUCAGCUGUUAGAAUCUAGAAAGAGAAAAAGACCAGCUCAAAAAGUAGAGAUGGGGACAUCAAAUCAGAAUGAUGUUGACAUGAGUUGGAUUCCUCAAGAAACUUUAAAUCAAAUCAACAAAGCUUCACCAAGGCGGUUGCCCCGCAAAAGGGCACAAAAGAGAUCAGUAGGGUCUGAUGAAUAAUUUUUGUUGAUACAGUGAGCCUUUACUAACCCAGCCAUCCAAUCCAAUCCCUCUUGUGUUUGCUUGAAUUGGGAGUUGUGCUGAAAAGCCAUAUCAACUGAAGAGAAUACUAUGAAACAUUUGGACUCUGCAUUUGAGUUGUGUUCAGAGAACAUUGCUAAAAAUGCACUUCUCGUUCCUUAUAAGAAACUUUUAAUUAAGAAUCAUUGUGCUAUCUGAAAUGUGCCUUUAGAGUCUUUUCAUAAUGCUGAUCUGUCAUCUGCACGCCUUUGUUUCUGAUUUUCUUUCAGAAAUGCAAAUGUUUCCUGUCCUGUUCUGAUUGUAUCCUGUUGUAUAAAAAGGUCUUCAUGCAUUUUCCUAUCUCUCCAAAGUCAUUGAGCUCAUUCUUUGCUACAUGUAUGCAACUACUUUUUGGUAUGCAUGCUAAAUCUUGUCAUAAAGCACUGAACUGCAUUUUGUGUAGCUAGUAUUCUAAAGGCACAAGCAGGGGUGUGACUGCUUUAAGCAGUCUAGUUUUUUUUUUUUUUUGCUGCUGCUGUUUGACAAAGCGCACACUGAAUGAGAUCCCCAGUAUUCUUGCAUAUGUGUCAAAAAGGGAUUUCUGUAGCAGCGGAAUUCGAAAUAACGGAAUGUGUGCUCACUUUGGCAUUUAACAUCCCUUUUUAUUGCAAUAUAACUGUACAUCUGUAUAAAUUGUUAGUAGUUUGAUUUUAGUCAAUAGAUCUGGUGACAGUAGCCAGAUGAAUUACUUUGGAAUGCUAAGUCUAAUGGAUGCAAAUUGAGCCUCA